AGAAAGGAAGUGACAGCAAUAAAUCGAGGCAAAACAAAUAACACUGGUUAUCGAGAGUCACUUGAGGCAAGAAAGGCAGCUGUUUAGUCUUUACGAGCACGUAUUCUAUAUUUUUAGACGCAGUUAACCUACCCAGUUGUUGUUCUGUAGUUAAAAUAAUGUCUUCUUUUAUAACUGACAGACAAACGCUGACCACUAUGCUGUUUUUUGCUGUGCUGUGCGUUAGCUUUGUUAGCAUGGGGGAAUGCCAAACAACUCCACCACCACCAAUUCCCUGCUCUACCUACAACAAAUGUGACACUUGUGUCCCACAUGCCAAGUGUCUGUGGUGCUUUACCACCAACAACUGCACAGAAUACCCAGUGAGCUGGUUGCUGCCUCCAGCGUCAGUGUGCCAGUUGUCCCAGGCCCGUUGGGGAGUGUGUUGGCUGAACUUUGAAGCCCUGAUCAUUGCCCUGGCUGUGCUCGGUGGAACCAUCCUCGUCAGCAUUAUUGUAUGUUGCUGCUGCUGCUGCUGCUGCAGAAAGCGUCAAUCAAGGCCUGACAGAGAUGAGGAGAGAUUUGCCAGGAGAAGAGAGGAGAUCAAACAACGCACUGAAGAACGGAAGGUGGAGAGAAAGGCACGGCACGAUGAGAUCCGCAGGAAGUAUGGUCUGAUCAGUGACUCGGACCACCCAUACAGCAAGUUUGAGAAUGAGUAAAACAGCUGUACUGGAGGAGUUCCACAGGCAGCAUGCAGCAUGCUUCAUUCUUAGCUUGGACUGAUGCCCUUUUCUCACACAAACUACAAACAACAAGACUAAUACUGAGUGCCGUCCAGAAUGAUUUAGUUCAGACAAAAAUCACCAUUUAACACUUUUCAAAUAACAAAUCUGAUAGAAGAAAAUCUUGAAUUUUUUUUUUGCCUUAUGAUUCUUGAUGAGAGUACAGUGUUUUGUGUUUGGUGGAUGUUGAAGAUUGUUUUUAAUCUUUCUGCAAAUUUCUUUUUUGUUGUGAAAUUCCAUUACAUUAGUUAUCUCUUUUUAUAUAAUGUAGUUUCAUAUCAGUCUUUGCACUUUGUACAUACAGUAUUGAUUUAUGAAAUACACAAUAAUGAUUUUAAAGAUGUGUUCUGACACGUGAAUAAAAAUCUACUCUUUUAA